AUUCCAAUAGGAAAGUUGCAAACGUUCUUAUUUUUGUUUUGUAACUGUAUGUGAUUGCAUCUUUACUGUUAUCUGAGCCCUCCAGAGCUUUGAUAAGAAACGAAUCUCUUUUCCUGAAUCUUCUCCCGGUUUUAUAAAGUGAAGUAAGUUCCACAAAGUGGUGAAAAUGAUCUCCGCCCGAGCACUGCACUACGUCUUCAAAAUCGGAAACCGUGCCAAGAAUGCCCACUUCUUCCGGGACAUCCUCGGAAUGCAGGUGCUUCGUCACGAGGAAUUCACCCAAGGAUGCGACGCUGCUUGCAACGGUCCCUACGACAAUCGAUGGAGCAAGACUAUGGUCGGCUACGGUCCGGAAUCGACUCACUUCGUGAUCGAGCUCACCUACAACUACGGCGUCAAGGAGUACACCAUGGGGAACGAUUUCGGUGGAAUUACCAUCAAAUCAGCGGAAGUAGUCGAACGAGCCACCAAGAGCAGCUAUCCCAUGGUCAAAGAAAAUGAUCGCUUCGUUCUGGUGUCCCCCGAUGGAUACAAGUUCUUCGUCAUCAACGAGAAGCACAAACCGACCGAGGAUCCAGUGAGGAAAGUCACCCUGAACAUCACCGAUCUGGAACGAUCGGUCAAGUACUGGCAUAAAACCUUGGAAAUGAAGCAGCUCGCCAAGAGCGACAAAUCGGCUCAGCUGACCUACAAGGACAACGGAUUCGUUCUUGAAUUGAGCAAAAUCGAAGAACCGCUGGAUCGUGCCAAAGCUUAUGGAAGAAUUGCUUUUGCCGUUCCGUUUGAUGUUCAACCGAAGAUUGAUGAAGUCAUCAAAGCCAGCAAUGGUACCAUUUUGACGCAACUGAUUUCGUUGGACACUCCGGGAAAGGCCACGGUUCGAGUCAUCAUCCUAGCCGAUCCGGAUGGUCACGAAAUUUGCUUCGUCGACGAGGAAGGCUUCACCCAACUGUCCCAGGUGGACCCGGAAAGUAACGGCCAACUGGACAAGUACAUCAAGAAAGAUCCAUUCCAAGAUCAAUAAGUUACUUAAAUGCUAUUUUAUACACACAUCUGAAAAUAUACAAAGUGCUUUG